AGCAGGAGGCUUCAAAUGAGCCGAGGGCGACGUUUCAGAAACAUUCAGCAGCAGGUGUCCACGCAGAGGAAGACGACAGAGACGAAGAUGGUGCGACUCCACUUACCCGUCUGCCUCAGUCUGAUUUUUGUGGCUUCAGCUCUGGCCAGUGAACUCAGCCCGAGAGGAGCCCGCCCGGUGGAGCACGGCACCAGAGGCGAUAAAUGUGCCACUCAGAGGGACUGGCCUUUCUGCACCAGCGAUAACUGGGGCCCCAAAUGCCCGUCAGGCUGCAGGAUCCUGGGUCUGAUGGAUAAAUUCGACCACGGCUUGCUGAAAAAUGUCGAGAAGAUCCGCAGCCUCCUGGACUCUAAAAAGAAAGCCUUUGACAACACUAACGUGGUGUCCAAACAGACAUACGACUACGUGAAGGAACAACUCAUCGACGAGGCUGGUAACAGCAGAAAAUUCUCCAACCUGGCCCAUGAAGUGCGUCAGAAAAUCAUAAAUAUGAAGGUGGUCAUUGACAGACAAAGGAAACUCCUGGACUCCCUGAGGGAUCGCGUCAAAGAUCAAGUGGCCGAGAUGCAAAAGCUGGAGGUCGAUAUAGAUAUUAAGCUUCGUGCCUGCAAAGGAUCCUGCCAAGCCUACACCCUGCACCAGGUGGACCACGACAGCUACGUGGAGCUGGACAAACAGGUUAAACAGCUGGACGCCAUGUCAGGCCAGAGCCACGGGCCCGGGGGGCAGUUCUACGUGAUCCAGAGCCAGCCGUUCUCUGUGUACUCUAGCAUUCACAAGACAACGCAGCAGGCAUUUGAUGAGGUGCAGACCCUUAAGUUGGUCGAGGUGAUAGACGGCUCCAGCUCAUCCCCGGCAAAUGUCUCCAAGGGCCAAGGUACUUCCAUGUCUUCAUCUUCAUCCUCAUCAUCCACCUCUUCUUCCUCCUCCUCCUCCUCCUCCUCCUCCUCCUCCACCUCCUCUUCCAUCACUGAGCUAGGAGGAGGUGGUUCACUUGGUACAGGUUUCGGCCAUACCAGCCAUUCCAGUACAACCUUCACCUGCACCAAGAGCACCAAGAAGACCAUCGUCCACACCAAGGACGGGCCGGUGGAGAAAGUUGAGGAGGUGAUUGAAGGAGGCCCUCACUGCCAGGGCUUGACAGACAGCACCAUGGGAACUUUAGACUUCCCUGAUGUCUUCCACACAUCCUCCUCCUCCUCCUCCUCUUCUUCUGUUUCCAAAACCGUCCACAGUAACACCAAGGGAAGCCUCUUAGGAGACUCCAAAACCGGCUUCGACGAUCCGUUUGGCCUGGACUUCGGCGUUUUCGCAACGGACGAUGCGGAGGACGAUCAUCCCGAUUUCCAGGCCCGGAGUGUGAAGAGCGCGCGUGUUGAGCGGCACGCCGAUUAUGUAGGAAAAGAUUGUGUCGACGCCCACCAGAAGCACCUGAAAGGGGAAACGAACGGCCUGUUUAAGAUCAAACCCGGCGGCGCGGACUCCACACAGGUAGUAGAGGCGUACUGCCAGCAGGAGGGGCUGAUGGGCGGGUGGUUGUUAGUCCAGCAGAGAGACAGCGGGGCGCUCAGUUUCAACCGCACCUGGGCCGAAUAUCGCGACGGAUUCGGCUCGGUGGACGCGAAGGGAAGGGGGGAGUUUUGGCUAGGCAACCAGAACCUCCACCUGCUGACCAAUCAGGGCGAGACCAUGCUGAAGGUGGAGCUGGAGGAUUGGGAGGGGGGCGUGGCCAGCGCCGAAUACUCGAUCAGGGUGGGCUCGGAGGCGGAGGGGUACCCGCUGCACGUGUCCGCGUACAUGGGGGACGCGGGGGACGCUUUUUUGAUGCCUAACUCUGACAUGGCGUCUUACUUGUCCCACAAUGGGAUGAAAUUCAGCACCUUUGACAAAGACAACGAUAAGUGGGAGGAGAAUUGCGCGGAGAUGUUCGGGGGCGGGUGGUGGUACAACAACUGCCAGUCGGCCAACUUGAACGGGAUUUAUUAUAAAGGCGCGUACGACCCGGAGAAAAACACGCCGUACGAGGUCGAAAACGGAGUCGUGUGGACGACGUACAAACCAGCAAACUACAGCCUGAAAACUGUUCGCGUGUUCAUUCGAGCGGCUGCUUUUUAAUCCGACAAAAUAACAUUUUAUACACUUUUGUGCCAAAACCUGAAAAAAAAGCAUAAAAUAAAUAUUUAAAACUAAAUCCAUUUGAGGCCAAACAUCAAAGUUGCUUUCAGACCUUCAGACUGUUGAUCUUUUUGGAAAUCAUUCCGACAUUACAAAAGUCACCGUGAGUCACCUUGUCUAUUUGACUUGAUGUCUUGUCAGCACUUUGUGCAAAUAUCAUUGACCCGUUUAUGUAAGCGGUGUCCCUGGAACAACCUGAUGUUUCCAAAGUGUUCCCAAUUUGUUGCUCAACUUUGUACGAAACCUCGACUGAACUCUGCUCAAUCAAUAAAAACUCAAUGUUCACUGCA